AUGUUCCCGCAUGGAGUACAGAAUCCUCAUGAGUACUACCAUACCUUUGGCGAUCCCGCAGGAUUUACUGAUAGCGACGCAACCUGGGAACAAUUCUUAUCGGCUUGUAUAGCGAAUUUGGACAAUUGCCCCUUUUCAAAGUAUGCUAGUGAUACCGCCGAUUUAGAAAAGAUAUUGGAUGAUCUCUUCGACGACAUCAAGUACAAUCCAAUACCUAUUGGGACAGAGUUCAUCGUGGACUACACCAUGGUCAAAUCCUUUACCUGGGGAAAACUUUACUACCCAAAGCAGUAUACCCUCCUCGUCGCUGCACUCGAGGCCGUCCUCACCCGCAAUGUGACGACGCUCGCGCUGGCGCUUUCCGCCCAACAUGGUUCGGCGGAACCGGCGGUUGCCAACGCAUCCCCCGAGGCCCAACAAGGGAUCAAAUGCGGCGACAAGUUCCUGCGGUCCGACGACGUCGGGCCCCUGGAGGCCUCGCUCCGAGACGAGAUCUAUAAGGCCAGUGCCCGGUUUGGGGACGCCGCAACCCUGGACAUGACAGGGUGCGCCCGCUGGGACUUCGAAGCCAAGGAGCGCUACGACGGCGACUUCCAGGUCAAGACCAGUUAUCCUGCGCUCAUCAUUGGCAAUACCUGGGACCCAGUGACGCCUAUCAAGUCUGCCUUUAACAUCAGCAGCGGAUUCGAGGGAAGCGUCGUGCUGCGACACAAUGGGCACGGUCACAUGUCGAUUGCGCAGAUCUCAUCAUGUACGUCGAAGUACAUUGCGGAUUACUUUAUCAACGGCACACUGCCUGCGCUGGAUACUUCCUGCGAGCCUGAUACCCCGCUGUUUGCAAUGCCAUGAAGGAGGCGUUGUUCUGCUGUUGAAGACACGGUCGCUCUGUUUGCAAUUCGAUAUCACGAAUUAUAGACGGGUAGCUAGACGAGCUUGAUAAUAGUAAUUC